AUGUCGAUUAUAAUGAAAUUUGAAUAUUUACCAAAUGAAAUAUUAAUGAAAUGUUUUCAAUAUCUGAAUGCAACAGAUGUUAUUUAUUCAUUUAAUCAAUUAAAUUAUCGUUUUUCAAAGCUUAUUCGAAAUAGUCCAUUACAUCUUUCAUGUUCUCAAUAUCAACAAUCUUUAUUUGAUAUUUAUAAACAUAUGUUCAUUAAAUCAUUAACUAUUCUCAAUUGUAAAUUCGACGAUUUAUUUGAAUUAUUUCAAAAUUUAUCAAUGAUAAAAUAUUUUAAAAUCGAACACCUAUAUAAUAACUUUAUGACAGUUGAUCAAUUAAAUUUACUUGAUAUUACUGUAGAAAAAUUUAUUAUCAAUGAUUCUCAAAUAAAAAGAUUUGAAAUUAUUGAAUUCUUAUUAAAUCAAAUGACAAAAUUACAAGUUUUUUCCAUAUCAUCAUCUCAAAUUCAUAUAAUAGAUGCAAUUCGUUGGCAAAAUUUGAUCACACAUUCACUUCAUCAUUUACAUACAUUUAAAUUUUGUUUCGAUUCUCAUAUUGCUGAUAAACUUAAAAUGAAUGAUAAAUUAACAAAAUGUCGACAAUUUCAAACAACAUUUUGGCAACAAAAUCAAUGGUUUAUCAACUAUGAAAUUGAUGAAUUUAGAUUAUUAAUUUUUACAACACCAUAUAUUCGUAAAGAAUAA